AUGUCAGAGGAAAAGGCCCAUACGAUGGACAAGCAGCUGCUUACCCUCGAGGAUGAUGGCUACUUCAAUCUCGGAACCUAUCAUCGUCCUAUCACGACCAAAAGCCCCAAUGCUCAGCGGUGGUUUAAUCGAGGACUCAUCUGGGCCUAUGGCUUCAAUACCCAAGAGGCGUCCAACUGCUUCGAGAAAGUCAUCACAGCAGACCCAGACUGCGCAAUGGGAUACUGGGGGCUGGCAUAUACCCGCGGGCCGUAUUAUAACAAGGCGUGGCGUCUAUUUGAUCCCAAAGAUCUCAAUAUGGCUCUUGAAGCUACUUACAGCGCGUCACGUCAAGCAUUGAAUCUUAUCAGAAAUGCCAGUCCAGUCGAGCAAGCUCUUAUCCACGCCAUUGUCGCCCGAUAUCCCCAGUCAACUCCGACCGACGACUACUCGGUGUGGAAUCGUGCGUAUGCUGAUGCAAUGGAAACUGCGUACAAGCAGUUCAGUGACGAUUUGGACAUUGUUGUUCUUUAUGCCGACGCCCUUAUGAAUCUUACUCCCUGGGCUAUGUGGGAUCCAUACAGCGGCAAGCCGGGUCCCAAAGCUCGUACCCUUGAUGCUUGUGCAGCUGUCUCGCGAGCAUUGACUCAAAAGGGCGCCGACGAACAUCCCGGACUGCUUCAUUUACAUAUCCAUCUGAUGGAAAUGUCACGUACACCCGAAGCUGCCGUUCCUUCAGCUGACCUGCUGCGUGGCCUCGUGCCAGACAGUGGUCAUCUAAAUCACAUGCCAUCGCAUAUUGAUGUUCUUAUUGGAGAUUACCGAAGUGCCGUUGCUGCCAAUACGGCUGCUGUUAAAGCAGAUGCCAAAUUUGUGGAAAGGAUUGGUGGCAUGAAUAUGUAUACGUUCUAUCGGGCUCACGAUUACCACUCCCUGAUAUACGCGGCUAUGAUGUAUUGGUUGGAAGCUUUUUGUGCUGUUCGGCCUCACGUCUUGAUCAGAUUUGGCCGGUGGGACGAUAUAAUCAAUCUCACACUACCAACGAAUCAGUCUCUUUACUGCGUUACUACCGCCACGAUUCAUUAUGCAAAGGGUGUCGCUUACGCGGCCACAGGGAACGUGACCGAAGCUCUGAAACAACAAACAUUCUUCACUGAAGCUCUAUCUCGGGUGCCAUCCUCACGAAUGGAUUACCCAAACAAGUGCGUUGACAUUCUGAAAGUCGCCGAGGCAAUGCUGGCGGGAGAGAUUGAGUACCGCCGGGGUAACUAUGAAGUCGCCUUUAAGCAUUUGCGUCGAUCGAUUCAUCUGGAUGACAGACUUCCAUACAGCGAGCCAUGGGGAUGGAUGCAACCAGCCCGUCACGCUUAUGCGGCGCUGCUGCUGGAACAAGGCCGUGUGGAAGAGGCCGCUACGGCUUAUGCAGAAGAUCUCGGCCUCGAUGAGUCUUUACCACGUGGUCACCAGCAUCCGAACAAUAUCUGGGCUUUGCGUGGUUAUCACGAGUGCUUGACGUUGCUGGGACGAACGGCAGAGGCCAAGCUGCUCGAGCUUCCGUUGAAGCUUGCAACAUGUUUAGCCGAUGUUCCUGUACAGUCUUCCUGUUUUUGCAGAACCAAUACUCAAAAGGUUCCUAUAGAGAGUGAAAAGUCAUGUAACAUGAGCGAUAGCUGUCAAUUAAAGUAG